GACAUUGUGUGCCAAUAAAUAUGAUUUGAGAAGGAGGGAAGGUGAGAACGACGCAGUGUUGUGUUCUUCUUCUCGAUGCGCCUGAAGCGCUGGUGUGAUAGGGAAGUGAAACGAGCUUCUCGAUGUGGAAGCGUCGCCAUUAACGAGGAACUCGGAGGAACGGACGGACUCAGACGGAAUAUGAUCGAUUUGAGAACUCUCCGGUUGAGUAGUUGAGUAGAUCAGACGCUCGGUGAGGAGAUGGACGAAUCUCUGUGCAUCAGGUUCAAGGUGAUCCGGGAUGAAUGUCUGCAGGGCUGGAGGAGCGUCGGAACCGGCGGAUUCGGUCAGAUCUACCGGGCCAAGCACAAGACCCUGGGGAUGGACGUGGCCAUAAAGUUAUUACAUUAUAAACACGGGAGCUCGGCGUCCUCCAUCCAGAGGGAAGCGCACCUGAUGUUCCAGGGAGGGAAUCCUAACGUGAUCAGGAUCUUGGGUUUGUACGAGGGCCGUGUGGACGGCGAGCGGCUGCAGUCGGGGCUGGUGAUGGAGUUCAUGCCCAAGGGUUCGGUGGCCGAUCUGCUGCAGACGCUGGCCGGGCCGCCGCCGUGGCCUUUGACCUUCCGCAUGGCCCACGAGAUCAGCCUGGGCAUGAACUUCCUCCAUCAUCUGUCUCCUCCGCUCCUGCAUCUGGACCUGAAGCCCAGUAACGUGCUGCUGGACGACAGCCUCCGAGCCAAGCUCACAGAUUUCGGUCUGUCUCGAGUGGCUCGGAGCGUUUCUAGAUGCCGAGAGAAUGAGGAUGAUGAUGGAGGAACGCUGAGCUACAUGCCUCCUGAAGCGCUGCAGUCCAUCAACCAUAAAGCCAGCAAAGCCACUGACGUCUACAGUUACGGCGUUCUGCUGUGGUCCAUCGUCACAGGGAAGGAGCCGUAUGAAGGAGCUCAGUCCACACUCGUGCGCUUCCGGAUCCCUCUGGGGGACAGACCUGACCUGACCUCCAUCGACCCCCGCGGGGUUAAAGGCCUGGACGAGAUGAGGCAGCUCAUGACCGAGUGCUGGCAUCAGGAGCCCAGAAGCAGACCGUCCUUCCUCGACUGUGUUCACGCGACUGAGAAGAUCUUUCAGAUGCACAGACACAGACUCAAUGAUGCCGUCCAUGAUGUUCUGAAGCAGCUGGAGGAUGACAUUUGUUCCGGUUUGAAAUCAAUCCAGAUCAGCCGUAAACCACACAAUGAAGCACAGCCUCAGGUUUCGUCCUGCGUCACUGGACCACUUCCCAAACAGGAAACCGCUGCUGGUUUCACAAAGUCCUCAAAGAAAGGUGAUCUGAGCUCCAGAGAUGAGUUCACAGAAGCAUCUCCUCGUGCUGCUCCGCCGGUGAUGUCUGGCAGAACAACACAGCGCCAGAUUUCAACACCAGGCCGAACUCACAUCACCAUGUCCAACGUCUACGGAGUUCAGAUCGGCAACAACAACAGCAUGAAUAUAGUCCAGAGACAGCGGACGAGACACUGGACGGCUCCUUCCAGCGUCAGCACGUCUCGCUCCAGCUCAGAGAAGAAACCUCUGUGACAUCUCAAGAGAUCAGACCGUUUGGUCUAUAACUGAGUCCAGGGGAAAUACGGCUGGACACUGAAAAGAUUUAGGCCUAAACAGUAUAACAUUAACUACCCAAUAAACUCAAUGAGAUGCAUGUUUGUUAGUCAUGCAUAAAGUCAGAUUAGUAAUAAACUAUGCAAUGUUUUUUUUUUUUUUUAUAAACGUAUUUUAUAUAAAUAUAUUUCUUUGUAUAAUUUGUAUAUUUUUAUAUGCAUUUAAAAAAAAAAAUGCAUUUUAUUUUCUAAAUCUCUCUUUCAUUUCGUUUAACCUGAGGUACUUAACUCUAAAACUGAAAUAAAAAUGACUGAGCAUAGAAAUUGUACAGAAAAACAAAUCAAUAAUAAAUAUGACAAAAACAUUAAAAAAAAAAAUGUAUAAAAAUGUAAUUAAAUGACUCACACUGGUGCAGAAAUCAGCUGUUUCUGUUUCAUUUAUGUAAGACUGACAAAUAAAAGUCAUUAAUAAGUUUAUUGCCCAAAGUUAUAACGGCAUAAUCCAAUGAAUAGAAAUUGUAUAUGCAAUUCAAAUACUCAAGUCUUAAAUGCAGGUGUAAAUAAUGUGAGUGAAUGGAGGAGAAACCAGCGAAGAACAUUCCCAGCUCAAGUUUACCUCAAACUCAAGGACUAAUAUUUUGGUGCAGAAUAUGUAUUUUCAGAACCACUGUUUUUUUUGUUUGUGACAUUUUCAGGACAAUUAUAUGCAUUUAAAUCUUCACCAUCCAAUUGCCAGUAUAUGUAAUAAUACAAUAAUAACUAGGUUUCCUAAAUUGAAUGUGAAAAAUCUUGACAUUGAUAUACUGAAUUGUACUGAAUUGUAUUUGUGCCGGUUUUCUGGCCUGUGCUUCAUGUGCGUUAUAUUCAUGAAUUGUCACAAUGCAGAAAACAACCAAAUAAAUAAAUGAUUUGACUUUGGUGAUCAGAUCAGGAGAACACC